ACAUGCUCCUCUGACCCUGCAGGUGACAGGUGAAUUGACUGCUGCUUUCUGGACGCCUCUGCGCACCUGAGCAAAAGGGAAGAAGAGAGGAAAAGCACAGGCUUGCGGAUGUUCAGGACUUUGAUUACAGCUUUCAGAGUAUUUUGGCUCUGACUUGUUUGACCUGCUUGUUAAUGAUUAGCAUUUAAGUGGAUGAGGAAGGACUUUCUUGGGAAGAAGUACAGAAAACAGGAAUUUUCAUUUAGUUUGUAUUGUGUAUUGAAACAUUACCCAGUGCUUGCUGUUCACAUACAUUUUUAAGAAAUCACUUUGUUAAGUAGCUAAUGGCUCAUUGGUGUUGAACUGAUUCUUUUAUUAAAAUUAAACAAUGAGGGACAGACUCUAUUCUGGACAGUUCAAGGAACAAAGAAUACAGGACAUAAAGGCAUCUUGACCAGCAGACAACUUUCUGAAUUUCAUGUUUUGGACAUUUUUGUGGCCAAUCAAAAGUUUGUAAGGACAUUUUUUAUUGACAAAUCAACAUCCAAUGGAAGGACUGCAGUUGUUUCUGCUGCUUCUGCCACUGACGGAGAGUGUGACCGUAGUGCCAUGGAAACCCUGUACAGAUCUCCAUCCAGUGGACCUGUUGUCUCGAGUGCUGCCCCGUAAUGGAGAGGCUCUGUCUGGGGUCCGUAUGGUGCAGGAGGGAGGCGCUCGUGGGGUCCAGUUCUUCAGUCCUACGCAGGCACUCACUUUUCCAUCGUCUCAGCUGUUCAUUAACUGCCCUCUCUUCCCUGCAGAAUUCUCCAUAGUGGCCACUGUAAAAGUGUCUCACACCAGAAUGAAGAAGAAUGAGUACUUGUUCGCUGUAGUGAAGGAGGAUGUCGAUCAACUCCUGCUUGGCAUGCGUUUCUCUAAAGAGAAAGUGCAUCUCAUCUAUCAGGGCUCAAUGGGGAGGGAACGUCUCAGCUUUAAAAGAAUCCGCCUGGCGGACAACCACUGGCACAGCAUGGUGUUAGCCGUCAGCGGUCACCAUGCCACCCUCACCCUGGACUGCGGCAUCCCACUGGAACUGAUCCAUAAACAGCCAUUUCCCUCUGAUCUCAGCACUGAUGCCUCAAGAUUCCACAUUGGAAGUCGAAGGAAGUGGAAAGGCCUGUUCUCUGGUUUACUGCGGCAGCUCGUCCUUUUGCCCGGAUCAGACGCAACGCCACGUGUGUGUCCCUCUUUCAAACCAUCAUUGGUUGAGCUUUCUGUCCCUACAAUCCUGUCAAAUUUGCCAAUGAAAUCCCAGAUAAAUGACGUCCUGCUUCCUCCAUACGAGACGGAGGUCCGUGUGACUCUGGGGUCUAAACCAGCAUGCACUGCGGCAGAGCAGGGACAACUCUGGUUUGACACGCUUAAAAGAGGCCUUUUCCUAUGUGAUGGUGCAUACUGGCACUCUAUGCUGCAAGAGAAAGACAGACUAGACUAUGUAGAUGAUUACCAGGAUCUCUACACCACCUCAGAGACGCUGGACAUUGAGCUCUUCCAGAUUCCCUCGUUUGGGCUGUUUGCUGCUAUGGCUCAUCGGGCCAACAAACCAGGUUCUGCUAUCUACCGCUGGAACCACGGCCACUUCCAGCUCUACCAGAACAUCAGCACCUUUAAGGCCCAGGCAUGGAAGCAAUUCACUAUAGGGAAGAAGAUGUUCUUGGCAGUGUCGAACUCCGUGGGCCCGGCGGACGGAGAGCGAGAGCUGUCUGUGAUCUAUAGGUGGAGUAAUAAGAGGCUGAAGUUUGUGCGUUAUCAGACCCUGGAGACGCACAGCGCUCGUGACUGGGAGGCCUUUCAUAUUAAUAAUGAAGCUUUUUUAGCUGUGGCUAAUCACCGAACAGAGAAUGGCAAUCACAACAUUGACAGCGUUGUUUAUAAGUGGAACCCAGGCACUAAGACAUUUGAGGUGAACCAAACUCUCUCGACAUCAGGAGCUUAUGACUGGGAGUUUUUCACCGUAGGGCCCUACCACUUCUUAGCAGUGGCCAAUGCAUUUGACGGCACCUCCACCCAAACAGAUUCAUCCAUCUACAUCUGGCUUGGUGGAGCCUUUCAGCUUUUUCAGACUAUAAGGACAUUUGGGGCUACAGACUGGGAGAUGUUUCAGAUUGGACACAGAGUCUUCCUAGCUCUUGCUAAUGGACACAUGCUGUGUGAGAGAGGACCAAGCCUCUAUACCAUCAACUCAACUAUAUAUGAACUUGACAUGACAACCAAGAUGUUCCUCAAGUUCCAAGACAUUGUAACAUACAGUGCAGUGGACUGGGAAUUCUUUUCGGUUGGAGAUGAGCAUUUCUUAGUCGUAGCCAACUCUUAUGAUGGAUCAUCUUACUCUUUGAACAGUGUUAUAUACAGAUGGCAGGGAUAUGAGGGCUUUGUUCCCGUCCAUCGGUUACCCACUAUUGGAUGCAGUGACUGGGAGUUCUUUACCUCAGAUGAGGGUUCAUACCUGAUGUACUCCAGUGCCAAAACACCUCUCUCCAAAGUCUUCAAGCUGAGGAUCCACUGAGGGCACCCAAUUGCUCAGUUUUUGCUUAUUUUUAUCAUUUGCCACAGAAGUUGAUAGAACUGAAUCGUUCUCUUCUUCUCUUGACUUACAAACCACUAACACUUUGAUGAGAAGCUCUUUAAUGUCAGAGAAGUCACUCAAGCUGACAGCGGUGGAUUAUGGAGUUUGAUACUUCUUGAAAACUACCUCAU